AUGCUGGUGUCCAACAGAGGACAAUUAGGAAGUCUGACGCUGCUGGGCAUCCUGUUGGGUGUGCUCCUGGUUCUUCCAAAAGGGGUCGUUAAUCUGGAGCUUACUCCACUUGCAUCUCAGGUUCUGCUGCAGUCUGACUCAAACUUCACUGUGGUGUGUUCUGGUUGGAGUGAGGUGUCAUGGCGCUUGCCAUGGCAGGAGUCUCAAGGCGGCAAUGUUGUGGUGGAGCAGCAGGGAUCCCGUAGCGUCCUUCAGCUCUUUAAUGUCACCUGGAGGAAUUCUGGGAGAUAUGCUUGUGAGGAGCAAUCCUCCGAUCAGAUCAGAGAGAUAGACAUAUUCAUACCUGGACAAGGUCCAGAUGAGUGGUUUGUACCAGUCGGUCCAGGUGUAGUAAUGAAGGACAAGGAGGAGGACACCAUCCCUUGCGUGGUGUCUAACCCUCUUCUGAAUGUCAGCCUGUAUGAACGCGGGGAUGGAAAUAAAAUUCUGGUAUCUGGACUGAAGUACGAGCCGGCUCGCGGCUUCACAGGAAGACUGAACGACUCCUCAUACAUGUGCAUAGCCUUCAACAGUUCUGAGAUGAGGCAGUCACAGGUUUACUAUGUCUUCAGCAUCGUUGUCGCCAGGGGCAUGGAGGUGGAACUGACUACGUCCAGCAGUGUGUUGACACGUGGACAACAGCUCAUCAUCAACUGCACCGUUAAAGACACUGACCUAGUCUUCUUCACCUGGAACUUCCCCCGCAAAGAGGAAUUCGAGCCACUCACAGAAUUUCUGCCCAAUCGAAUCCGUUCGUUCGUGAACAUCUCUUCGGUGACACUGGCAGACUCUGGGGUGUACGUGUGCGCAGUGCAGGAAACACUACAUGGACGACGGGUAGAAAAAAACAUCACAGUGACCAUACUAGAUCGUGGUUACGUUUCUGCGCGUGCGACCCAUGAGAACAACAUUAUGACAUUAGUUGGCCACACAGUGGUGCUGAGGGUGGCGGUGGAUGCUUACCCCUCACCCACUGUUGAGUGGCGCAAAGACAACAGCAGCAUUGUUGUUGCUACAGGAACGACUGCUAUGUCCAAAACACAUGUGACAGCCGACAGAUACGUCAGUACACUGACCUUGGUGAGGGUUCGCUUGGAGCAGACAGGAAGUUAUACGGCCAGAGUGUACAAUGAAGAUGAUCAGGAAGAGGUUGUCUUCUACAUGCAAGUGAAAGCACCCGCAAGGAUCACCUCGCUGAUGGAAACAAGCUCUCAAUCUAUAUUGUGCAUCAGCGAAGGAGCACCGCCCCCUUCUGUCACUUGGUUUACGUGUCACAGUGCACAUGGGUGCACUAAUGGGACGGGUAGCUGGACCAGGCAAUCCGUGGCUUCUGCGGGCGUGGUUCUGCAGGAGAACAUCACUGUCCUGGAGGACAGUGGCCUAUCCCAGGUGCGCAGUGUGCUGAUGCUGGAGACCACGACGACCUUGACUGCAGUUCGUUGUGAGGCCUCAAACUCUGUGGGGCGAAGAGCUAGGGACCUUAGACUGGUGACCACUUCUCUUUUGUCUCAGGUGGCCAUGUUGGUGCUGGUUCUGGUUCUAGUCAUCAUCGCCCUCAUCUUCCUAGUCAUACUCAUCAUCCUGUGGAGAAAAAAACCUCGCUAUGAAGUCCGCUGGAAGCUUAUCAGUUCUGUAAGUCCUGAUGGCCUGGAGUACACUUACCUGGACCCUGCCCAGCUGCCCUAUAAUACCUCCUGGGAAGUACCAAGAGACAGUGUAGUACUAGGCGAGGUGUUGGGCUCAGGAGCUUUCGGUCGAGUGGUGGAAGCCGAUGUGUCUGGUCUGCUCCAUGACGGAAGAACCACCAGAGCUGCCGUCAAAAUGCUCAAAUCCAACAGCAGCGCAAGUCAGUCAUUGUUGUCUGAGUUGAAGGUUUUGUGCCAUCUGGGUCCUCAUGUCAACAUCGUCAACCUGCUGGGAGCAUGCACAACGGGAGGUCCUGUUUAUCUCAUCACUGAGUUCUGUCGCUACGGUGACUUGGCCAACUACCUGCGAUGCCACAAACAAACUUUUAGAAACUGCAGUGCUAAUGCAAAGAGAGAGGCAGAUGGAGGUUACAUGCACAUGAGCAAGCAGGACGGGGGAGACACCAGCAGGAAGGACUACGCUGAGUCAGGUGAGACAGGAAAGUCGUCAUCAUUGCCUCUCCUGAGCAAUUCUCCCAUCUUGGAGGUCAGUGACCUUCUCAGCUUCUCCUUCCAGGUCGCCCACGCCAUGAAUUUUCUGUCUUCGCGCAAUUGCGUCCACAGAGACUUGGCGGCUCGGAACGUUCUGGUGUGUGAGGAGCGGCUGGUGAAGGUGGGCGACUUUGGCCUGGCUCGAGAUCUUCUCAAAGAUCAGGACUACGUGGCCCGAGGACAUGCAUUGCUGCCACUUAAGUGGAUGUCCCCGGAGAGUAUUUUCCAAAGUGUUUACUCCUCCCAAAGCGAUGUCUGGUCCUAUGGAGUUCUUCUUUGGGAGAUCUUCUCUUUGGGUGAGAGUCCAUACUCGGAGCUCCCCAUGACACACCAAUUCUAUGCUGCACUGAAGAGAGGUCAUCGCUUGAUGCGGCCACAACACGCCAACUCCAACAUUUACGACGUGAUGCAAACAUGUUGGAACGAACAUCCCGGUUCAAGGCCAUCGUUCUCGUCCUUGGUGGUGUCCCUGGACGCCAUGUUGCCGGACGAAUGCAGAAAAACAUACACCAGGCUGACUGACAGCUUCCUGUCAGGUGACCACCCAGCCGUCGUCCGAUCCCGAAUAAUGUCCGCGGCCGCCAGUAUGGCGAGCGACCGGAAUGGUACAAGUCCCGCUCCUGAGGCGACGGUUCACCUGUUGGAGGCAGGGUUGGAGGAGGCAGGACCUUCCCAUGGCGAAUACAUUCUUCCUGUCAGCGUGAUGACAAGCAACGGUGGUGACACUGCGCUGGACGCAGUCAGAGCUGAUGAGUCGCCGCCCGCACAGGAAGUGACAUCGUCAGGUGAAACGGAGGAGGAAAGCUGCAUGUAA